AUGGAAAACCCCGUCCUUUCCGGCCUACGUUGUCUGCGAACAAGAACCCUUCUUCAACACACCUCGAUUUCAAGAUGCUCAAACCUCUAUAUCUCUACCACCCGCGCUGCACAGAACACACGUUCCUACUCUACUCCCACAGCCAAUUUACCCCGCACUCUCGCACGAAGCAGAGGUCCUUGCCCCUCAUCAUCUUUCGCCCGCCUCAGGUUCUACAGCAGUGAAUCCUCUCCAUCCACAAUCAAAGGUACCGUAGGUGAAGGUGCAGACGGAGCUGCGGCAGAUAAACUCGAGGUUCCAUCUCAUCUAGAUGAAGCUGAAAAGAAGAUUUGGGGCUUAUUAUACAACGAACUUGCGCCCACGAAACUGCAGGUGCAGGAUAUAAGUGGUGGAUGUGGAAGUAUGUAUGGGAUUGAGAUUGUUAGCGAAAAGUUUAGGGGGUUGAAUAUGUUGAAGCAACAGAGGUUGGUUAAUAAAGUACUGGGAGAAGAGAUCAAGGGAUGGCAUGGUGUACAGUUGAGGACUAGUGUGCCUUGA